AUGGCGGAGUUCCUUCGACAACAAGACUUGCAUAGAGACUGGGCGGCUGAGUUGGCAAAUUUUAGCCGAAUCGGUAAACAAGGGGGCGUGACCGGAGAAACCCCAGCAGUACCUGCAGCAGAACCGAAUGUGCAACCCACAGUACAACCACCCACUUCCAUUUCGACCUCCUCGACAACCCAUCCAGAACGGGAAUCUCCCUCGGCGGCCACACCAUUAGAGCCCUCGGAACCCUCCCCGACUCAAGAACAAAGCAACUCGAUGGAAGUUGACCCCAUCUCCGCCUAUUACGACUCUGACUCAGGGGAACGCGAAGAGAGGAGAAGAAAGGAACUGAUGAGCCGAGAGGGAGAAGAUGAACCAGAAAGAACGCCGUUAGCGGAGACCAAUCCCCAAGAGAUCGCGAGGGAAGAAAUAGAUCUGAAUGAAACGGCCAGGAAGCAAAGCCUCAUGACUGAUGAGGAAUUUGAAGCGCUUUUAAGCGAAGUGACUAGGAUGGAUGAUGACACUGCCACGAUGGUUGAGGGUCUGGACCUCGCAUCGGGGGCAACAGAGACGGGGGGAAGUGAUGCGAGAACAGAGGUACCGGUACCAGCGGCACCGCCAGUGUUAAAACCGAAGGCCGUCAAGCGGAAGUUAGUGUUGAAGAACGACCCCAAGGCAGUACGACCAAAACCGAAGAGAGUAUCGCAGAGAUGCCUAGGAAAAUGGGCAUCUAGCAAGGCGAGGGCAAACACAGCAGAAGAUCCAGUGGAGAUUUUAAGCGAAGAGGAACGGACCACUCCCACAAAACUUGGGGAGGAGUCCUUAUCUGCUACUGACUUGGAGCAUACUGCGAUGGAAACCGAAGUGGUCUCCCCAAUGCCGAGUGACCAGGGAGAUGAGACUGAGCAGGUGGCUGGGGGUCUGGACCUCGCACCUGAGUCAGUAGGUCAUGUCGAGCAAAGAGACGACCGUACACGUGUCCGCGUAGAGACCCGCCCUACUGCCAAGGACCAGCCUUCGACACAAGCUGGAAAGAAACCGGAAGGCAAGCCUGAUAGUGACGAGGACAGGUACCAAGAGGAGAGGAAACGAAAGGGGAAAACCCCUGUCAAGAGAAAUCCAAGCACCAAGAGACAUCGCACAAGCAACAUAGGCAUCGUUAUCACAUAUCCAGCUCAGAGAACCACACCGCACCACCAGGAAGCAAGCGAUAGUGACUAUGUCGUUAGUGAAGAGUCUGACUCCGACAGUAACAUUUCCUUGGAGGAUGAGGAGUGCAGAGAACAACAGCUCCCGCACAAUCUCUAG